GGCCUGACUUGACUUGCCCUGGGUAGGACAGGAAGCCAGGCACUUGAAUCCCUACCAGGCAUAGUUCACUCCAGAAAAGCUUUGGGUACUCCAGACAUCACAGAGACAAUCCCUCUGCUCUCCUGUAUUUGUUUUUAUUAAUGUGCCUGCCAGAGUGGCCAGUGUCGUUAAGUAGAUGAGUCAGAUCUUGUUCUGAAGCUGUGGAGGUAAUCAACAAAGGUAGUUUCUUUUCUCCCUUCAUGCUGACUAAUUUCUUUGUUUCAAAAUAAGGAGAAUGAGGCUGGUGAGAUGGCUCCACAGGCAAAGCACUGUGCCAAGUCUUAGGAUCUGAGUUCAAUCCCAGGGACUCACAGAAUGGAAGGAGAGAACUGCCUCCUGCAAACUGGCUUCUGACCUCCACAUGGCAGCACAUACAUACUUAAUAAAUGUCUAUCAAGCCUUCAUGGGUGUUUGAAGAACUUUUGAACAUACCUAGCAAAGAGAAAUGUUUCAAGCAGGUCUCUUUUAAGGAGGCUGCUUGUUGGUUACACAGAAACUAUAUUAUUUAAAUCACCUCUUGGCCCAUUAGCUCUAGCUUAUUAUUGGCUAACUUACAUGUUAAUUUAACCCAUUUCUAGUAAUCUGUGUAUUGCCACGUGGCUGUGGCUUACCUGGUAAAGUCCAUCUGGCUCCAGUGGGCUACAUGGCUUCUCUCUACUCUGCCUUCUUACUCUCAGCAUUCAGUUUAGUUUUCCCUGCCUAGCUCUGUUCUACCCUAUCAGGCCAAACCAGUUUCUUUAUUCAUUAACCAAUAAAAACAACACAUAGACAGAAGAACCUCCUACAUCACAGGUCCUCUUAGCCAGUAGGUUGUGGAGAUUCAAGGAACUGGACCUGGGCUUUGGUUUCAUAGGCUGCCCCCGAAAAUGCACCAAUCCUAUUUGACACUAGGCCAGGCAGACACACCCCUCCCAUCAGCAUCUCAUAGACACAGAAUUCACAGGUCUCUGAGAGGCUGAGGACUCUCACUGAGCAGAGCCAGGUUCUGGAGUGGCUCUGUUCUUCAGAAUUCACUCCAGCUGAGCAGCAAAAAGUCUGGGCCUCCCUUUUUUAAAGCACCAGGUCUGGGCCCUAAAGAAGUUAUAAAGCAUAGGGAAGACACCUAUGGCCAUUCCUCUGCCAUUACCUAAGCAAAUUGCUCAGAGAGUUUUUAUAACCUCACCGGGGAUGGGCCCCAAGAAAAUCUAGCAAGUAUGUGUUGGUGUUCUUUACUGUGACUAGAGCCGUUCUUACUGCCCAUAGAUCCCUUCUGAGGGGAGGGGUGGGGCCAGGUGAAGCCAUGGGGCUUUCAAAGUAGAUUGACUGGCCCUGACAUCUGUGCUUGUUGGGCUCAGCUGUGCUUUAGGACACAUAAAUGCUCCCAGUCCAUCAUAAAAUUUUAUUCACACACACACACACAAGUUUAUAAAUAGCCUUAAAUUCUACUUGCAUCAACUUCAGGCGGUUUGACUGGCUAGCCAAUGAAGAGAUCCUAAGCAUCUUUCCUAGUCACGCUAGAACAUUCUAGCAGGGGCCAGCAAUCAAGCAAGUGUCCCAGCCUUCAGUGUGCCAGUGCAGCUUGGAGAGCCAGCUAAGGGCUCACUAGCUCUUGAGUAUAAAAUACAGCAAUGUAAAAAUGCAUCCUUAGCUCCUCCUGUUCUCCCUUCUUAUUCUUCCGCUUAGUUUCAAGCAACUUGUAGUAGGAUAGUUUUAUCCUUUAUGAACCUGUCUCUUGAUAAUGAGCUUUUAGAAAACUUCUCAUGGUGUCCUGGUGUGCUGGUGCAAAGUGCUGUCCACAUUUUUGGAGAAUCAAAAGCUUCCAGAAUUGUUUCCAAGUCUGAUUCUUUCUCAAGCUCCUCUUAAUCUUUCCUUUGGCGGCUUGUCCUGUUUACCCCUCACCUUUGGUUAACUGUAUACUUGGAAGCUGCCAGGAGGCUGACACUUGGUGUCUCUCAGUCACUGUCCCUCACUGUAUGCUCUGAGAGGCACCUUUGUAGAAGGUUGUUGGUGCCGCUGUUUUGUUCCUGCUUCAGUGGCCUGUGGGCUCUGAGUACAGACCCUCACACUCCUCAAGCCUUGCAUGUACCCAUGAGGCUUGCUACACACAAGGCCUGACCCUUGUUUCAUUUAUAAUGGGGACACCACAUAACCACAUAGUCAGGGAGUUGGGGGUGGGGGUGUUAUACCAAUGGUGGUUGUUGGAUAGCUAUCUGUGUGGUACUCCCCUAAAGUAUAGAUAAUGCCCACAUUCACAUUUUUAUAGCACCAGAAUGUUGUGUUUAUACAUAUUAUUUUUUAACUAAAGAAGAAAAGUAACCCUGCCUUUGUACGUGAUUCUUUUAACAAACUGUUUAUUGUUGUAUCCAGGUAACAAGCAUGGAUCAGACUGCCAAGGACAAGGCCUUGCAGCACAUGGCUGCCAUGUCAUCAGCCCAGAUCGUUUCGGCUACUGCUAUCCACAACAAGCUGGGGCUGCCUGGGAUUCCACGCCCCACCUUCCCAGGGGCACCGGGGUUCUGGCCUGGAAUGAUACAGACAGGACAGCCAGGAUCCUCACAAGACGUCAAGCCCUUUGUGCAGCAGGCCUACCCCAUCCAGCCAGCAGUCACAGCCCCCAUUCCAGGGUUUGAGCCUGCGUCAGCCCCAGCUCCCUCGGUCCCUGCCUGGCAGGGCCGUUCCAUCGGCACAACCAAGCUUCGCCUGGUGGAAUUUUCAGCUUUCCUUGAACAGCAGAGAGACCCGGACUCGUACAACAAACACCUCUUCGUGCAUAUCGGGCAUGCCAACCAUUCUUACAGUGACCCAUUGCUUGAAUCUGUGGACAUUCGUCAGAUAUACGACAAGUUUCCUGAAAAGAAAGGUGGCCUGAAGGAACUGUUUGGAAAAGGCCCUCAGAACGCCUUCUUCCUUGUAAAAUUCUGGGCGGACUUAAACUGCAAUAUCCAAGAUGACGCCGGGGCUUUCUACGGUGUGAGUAGUCAGUACGAGAGUUCUGAAAACAUGACGGUUACCUGCUCCACCAAAGUGUGCUCCUUUGGGAAACAAGUAGUAGAAAAAGUAGAGACGGAGUAUGCAAGGUUCGAGAAUGGCCGGUUUGUGUACCGAAUAAACCGCUCGCCAAUGUGUGAAUAUAUGAUCAACUUCAUCCACAAGCUCAAACAUCUACCAGAGAAAUAUAUGAUGAACAGUGUUUUGGAAAACUUCACCAUUUUAUUGGUGGUAACAAACAGGGAUACACAAGAAACUCUCCUCUGCAUGGCCUGUGUUUUUGAAGUUUCGAAUAGUGAACAUGGAGCACAGCAUCAUAUCUACAGGCUUGUAAAGGACUGAACCUGGUUAUUUAUAUAGAUAGAAAUCUGUAUAUACACACACAUAUGUGCACACACACACUCUCUCCAUUAUCAAACGACUGACUGUAAACCUCACCACAGGUGAUGCCCUGGCCCCCAGGUCACACCCUGACUUUUCUAAAUCCUGUUUGAGUGAACUUAUUAUUAUUUUUUCAUGUGUUCUUGCUAUCAUUGUAGCUGUGAAAUUGUGAUGCGGUUUUUUGUGUAUUCCUCAGACCUGCAACCCACAAUUCCUUGGGGAAGGUGAAUCUUACCAGCCUAAACCUCUCUCUCUGCAGACCUGUUUCCUGUUGUGGUAGAAAAUAGUUCUGAGACAGAGGAUUGGCCACGGGGCAUCGACUGCCUUUAUACAAAUGUAUUUAGUUCUUUUGUUUGUUUUUCCAACAUAAAAUUCUUGUGUUAAGAUACAAGUAAAAUUAAUCUUUAAAUGUAAAUUAGUACAAGAAAACUAAGAUUCUUUAGACUUAUCUUUGUAAUUAAUUAGGGUGGAAGUUAUGGAAGAAUGUAAUUCACUAAAUUAUUUUUUAAAUGAAAUCUUUCUUUCUUUUUAAAACCAAAUGUUAAACUAUAGCCUUAAGAAAUACUUGGUAGAAAUAUCCUAAUGAGACAAAUUUUUUACCUUCCCCUUCAAGGUUAAACUAAUAUCUUAAUUCAUUAAACUGUUGAAACAGGUGUUGCAAAGGAAGAAAUUGUCACCCCUUAUCCUUAACAUAUAUAGUAUAUUUAAAAAUGUAAAAUUGUAUUGUACUAAUGUGAUAAUUGAUUAUUUAAUGAAAAAGAAAAGAUGGCUCUUUUUGCAAUAAGUAGAUAAUACUGAAACAAAUCUAAGCUUACAAUGUUAUAGUCUUGUGUGUGCAGUUACAUUUUAUAUGGUCAACCAAAUUUUUUAUGGAGAAGAGUUCACAUUUGAACCACUGAAAUUUCAUAGCAAAAAUUUUUAAAUUGGCAUGAAUACUGCACUGUGAGUUGCAAAGGAUGUAGAAUCGUGUGGCUGGGAGAAAACUGUCAUCAUCUGGACAAGUAGAAGGCUCAUCGGGCUUGGUCACUGCUCCCCCAGACUGUCACUGUCGCAAGCCUCCCCACCAGCCUGUGGGUAGUUGGUUUCUGGUAACCCAACGUGCGUGGGAAGCUCUGAGUUCCUGCACGUGUGGAUAUUCAGUUCUCUGAACUCCUGUUUCCUGUGGUUUCCUAUUGCUCAUCACCUCUCUUGAUCUGCUUUACAGACGGGGAUCUAUUUCCUCUGAGCGCGUCCCUUUCCUUGACAUCUCUUCAUAAGCCUCAGUGGCUCUUCAUGUGCCCUCUCUCCCCACACCCCUCUCUCUGAUCUUUUCAAGCAGACUCCCUCAUUCAGGUAGUUCUGUUUCCAAGAGAGAUUUCACUGCUCUGACCUGAGUAUUCCAAAGCAUUGCCCAGCAGCGUUGGUCUCAUGUGGCCAGUCUGGGGUUACUUUCCUAUGUGCUUUCUCACUAGGGAAGCAAGAAAGGUUACCCCUCUGCUUCCCAGGGAAGGCAAGAGGAAAGCUAGAGUUUCCUUAGACUCACAUGCACACACACAGAUAGGAAUAUGUGAAUACAGUAGAACAUGACAUAAACUUUUUAAGUUUAAAAAUCAAACAGCAUGGCGAUUUUUUUUUAUCUGUGUGCCAAGACUAUCAAGUUAAAUCCUACUUCUACUAUAUCCAGAUGACACACACCCCUUCUUUGUCCCAACAUCUGCUCUGGCUGUGCUUAUAUGGUAUUCAGCUACUUGUGGUCUUUGGUGGUUGGGCGUGGCUGGCAUGUAGUUAAAAGAACCACACUGGAUUGACUCUUGUCUCCUCCCAGCUGCAUCCCUGGUCCCUGGGAAGACCUGAGGAGAAUGUGCAAGACUUUGUCAUUAGCAAUAUGUCUCCCUUGUGUGAGCCAGCAGGGCAUUGUUCUCUUCAAGAGAACUAACUGCCUUGGUUCCCUGAGUCUAAGCCAGCCCUCAAAGAAUGGUUGCCCUGGGUUUCUCCCCAUAGUCUUCAGAACAGAUGUUUAAAGAUCUGUCCUGGGGAUGUUUCUUUAGCUUUGAUUUCCUAUAUCCUUCCUCUAGAGAAAUGUCCUACUAACCUGAGACCAGGACCAUACAAAUAGGUACAAAUGAUCUGUGCCUACAGGCCAGGCCAUCUCAGAAGGUGAUGAGGGAGAGGUCUACCACUCAGGAGUGGACUUGCCUCUCUAUACCUCCCAAGCUCUGGGGGUUUAUUUCUCAAGUACCACCUAGAGGGUACUGGUUGUCAAUGGGGAGGGGUAUGCUUUCUCAGAAUUAGGAUAAUGUCUCUGUUGCCUCACUGUCUGCAUCCUCUCCUUCCAAAUGCCUUUCCCAUGCGAGCGGUAGGAAUGACCAUGACUCACUUUUUGCUCUGAAAACAGCUAUUAAUUUCUUUAAUAUAUAUAUUUUUUCAACCCCCCCAACUUAUUUCCUUCCUUAUAUCUCAACCCCUCCCAGCUUCCUGUUCUUUCUCACCUUUAAAGAAAGAAAAUAACCAUCAUCUUACAAUUACCAUCGCUAUGAUGAAACACCAUGACCAAAGAAACAAAUUGGGGAGUGAAGGGUUUACUUGGCGUACAUUUCAGCAUCAUAGUCCAUCACCAAAGGAAGUCAGGGAAGGAACCCGAGACCAGGAAUUAAUGCAGAAACCCUGAAGAGGUGCCGCUUACUGUCUUGCUCCUCAUGGCUUGUUUAUCCUGCUUUCUUAUAGAGUUCAAGACCAGCAGCCCAAGGAUGACACAACCCACAGUGGGCUGAGCCUUCCCCUCUCCAGCACUAAUUAAGAAAAUGCCCUGCAGCCCCUCCCCCCUGCCCUUUCGAGACAGGAUUUCUCUUUGUAACAGCCCUGGCUGUCCUGGAAUUCACUCUGUAGACCAGACUGGCCUGCCUCUGCCUCCUGAGUGUUGGAAUUAAAGGCGUGUGCCCCCACCACCCGGCUCUACAGCCAUUUCUUCUGGAGAUCUUUUCUCAAUUGCGGUUCCCACCUCUCAGAUGCUGUAUCUUGUGUUAAGUUGAUGUUAAAGCCAGCCAGCACAUCCACCAUGGCAAACUCGUGCUGCCCACAUAUGUAAGGGUGUGCAGGCAUCCACUGGAACCACAACUGCACGCUUAAGAGAAAACUGGCUUCGGCUACCCCAGAAGCUAUCAACUGUCAGUAGCUCCUCAGCCUUGGGAUGGAGGCUCCUGAGCUCUUCCCAGCCUCACUCAGUGCUGGAAUUUGCCCAGCUUGUUCUCACAGCAUGUGGGUUUAUAAGACCGAUGACCCUUUUAUGUCCUAAAGACACUGUUUUUCUCUCCAGCACCCUCUGUCCCACCUCCUGCUUUCCUAGUCUUUCCACUGUGUCUUUAGGAGUCUUCUGGGGUGUCCCUGUCUAAUCAAUACUCAGUUAGCCCAGACUCGCUUUAUCUCCCACAUGAAAGCCUUGGGUGGGAUUGCGUCUGUUCUUCUUGGUUCCUUCUCCCCUCUUUACAACUCCCUAGACCUUAAGGCUGUCCUGGCCGAGUCCUGUCCUCUCUCUUCCCUCACCCCUCCCUUCUUAGUGUUGUCUCACAGUGACUCUAGGACAGCUCUGUCAGGGACGUGUAGACAUCUUGCUCGCUCACCACCUAGUUUAGAAGCCAUCUUUUCAAUGAAAGAGACCUACAUGUCCUGAGACUCCCACAGUCCAGCAAACUAGAGGCCAGGGACAUUUUAGCUAGUUCACUGACCAUUGCCCUGUGCGCUGUCAGAGGUUUUUAGAAUCUGUGGCCACUUUCACAGUUGUUACAGCUCAUUGCCCGGGGUCGCGCAAGGUUCAGCCUUAUGUGAAAAUGGCUGCCCUUUCUCUUGCUUGUCAUUAGCAUAUUGAUAACCAGUUUUUCUCCACUUGUCCUGUGAAAGCUUCUCUCCUAUAAGCCUCUUUGCAGGGGAAGGGGGUCAGGAAGAGCCAGAUGGGUGUUACUCUUCAACACCCCCCUCCUCCUGUACAGCUACCAUCUCUUUCCUGUCGCCCUUUCUCCCAUCUCUUGGAAAACUGGGUACAGCUAGCCAGCACCUUCCCUGUAGCCAUCUGACUUCCUUAAAGAGCAUUUCUGUUUUGUCCUGUAGCCCUUACCUUACCGGGGCUUAAAAAGAGACACCCCCCCCCGAUUUGGUUCCCACUCUCUCCCUCGUCCUUUAGUUGUUGGGGUUCUUGGGGUGUGUUUUAGCUGUUUGGGUUCUUGGGGUGUGUUUUAGUUGUUGGGGUUCUUGGGGUGUGUUUCUCUGCACUGCUUCAUGCUAGCUGUUGUGUCUCUUUCGGCUUUAGGGUGGAGCGGACCUGGGUCUGUUCAGGAAGGUGGCUCAUACUCAAACCAAAAGAGAACACAGUUCAUUCCCCUUCCCACGGGGUGAGAGGUGCCUGGUCCAUAGCCUCCCGGCUAGUUAGUCACAGACAAGGGUGAGGGCUUCUCUUUCUUCUUCAGCCUCUUCUGGGUGGAAGCCAUCCUUCCUUGGUGCUCUGUGCUUAAGUGAUCCCUGAGAAUGCAUGGGCAGGGUCACUUCAGAUCCCCUCUAGCUGUCCGGGGACCACAAGCAGAAGGCAAGCCUGAUGUGUCUCUACACUUCCUCGGAGGACAGUUCUCCAGCCACAGGCUUUGAGUCAAAUUUCUGUUUGCCACCCAUCCCAGCAGCCAAGUCCUGUUCACACACCAGCCAAAACAGAGCCUUUGGUGUUAAAAUCCCACAAAGGACUUUUAGAUCCAGGUCUUCAUUGGGCUUCGGAACCAUGGUGGCAUUAGCCACUGUUUUUAUACAACCGCAGAUAUUGAAGUCACACGACAGUCAGUUUUACAAACCAGGUACCUGUAAUUUGUAUACUUUUUGUAUCUGCUCUGGUGUACCACACCUGUCCUAAGGAAGGGUAGAAUAAUAACUAACUGUGUGUCGGGGUCCUCAUCUGUGACCUUAGGAGGAUGCACGAGUUGCUGACUUCUCUGUUGAUGUUUCUGUGGCUAAGCCCUGCACGUGUCUUUUCUGCAAAGCCUUAAAUCUUGGAGAUGUCACGUCGUAGGGUGUCGGUCUGACGGGCUGCCUGGGAACCGUGAGCCCUUUUGUAAGCUGGAAGCAUUUCUCUUACUACUGUUACUUUUCGUUUCCUUUAAGGGAGUUUUCACUUCCCAGCUGCCAAAGCCUCCCAGUGAAGCAGUGCCUUAGUACUUCCUUAGUAGCCGCCAGCCUUUUCUCAAGCCUCUUCUCGGUGUCCUUUUGCUAAUUGGCCCAGUAUCCGAAGCAGGACAAGCCAAAUCAUUCUUAUUUUUGUUUCAAAAGCCCGUUUUUUAAAUCCAGCUCUAUAGGAAGCUGAGGACUUGGUUUCAGACAAGCCGAAUCGGAACCCAAGUCCAUCCCUUGACCAUGCUCUCACAUCCGCAUCCAUACCAAAACUAAAGGCUGCCACUCCGCAGUUUGCUAUGAAGAGUGAAUUGUACUUUUCAUUGAUGCCUUUUUAAAUUCAUGACCAAAUACUUAGCUAUUUGUGAAUCUUCUGCACUCCCGCAUGAAAGUGCCUUUGGCUCGAGAUUCCAGCUUAGAAAGUGCCACCGUAAUAACGACAAUUUGUAGAGAGACCAAAAAUAUUUUGAGAUCACCAUAAUGCCUUUGGUUAACCGGGAUGAGUAACCAAUCACAGGCCUCUAUUCACGAGAGCACCGCGUGGUCCCUGCCUGCUGUGAGUCUGCCUGCCAGUGGGGACCCCACCACCACUCAACCUAUAGCACAGUGCGGCAGCGGGGAACCCCGUGAACUGUUGUGUCUGUGUGUGCCGACUCCCCCCGCCCCCCACUGCCCGGCAUGUCCGUCAAGUCGUCACCCAGCUCUGCAUCCCUGGGAAGGAACUCGCGCACAAGCACCCAAAAGCCCGGCCAGUGGACAGACACCACGGCUUCGCCUUCCCCAUGUGUCCAUGUCCAGUCUGUGGAGACUCUGGUCCACUGGGACGACAGUGCGCACUUGCCUGCUUUACACAGCGAUACUGUUCGGUUGUUGGAAGCCUCGGAUUGAGAUGACAGUGCAGAACAAAAAUCAAAAAUGGGUUCAUUAGGGUCAUUGCAGUCCAAGUGUCUCUGGGCAGAUUUUCUGGCUCCGGAUGUCCGAAUGUGCUGUGAGAGACUUCCAAAGAGCACAACAUUUGCAAUUGGGCAUUUUCAAGAAUGUUCUAGUCCUCAGAGAGCCAACUCUUUGAAGUAUGUGUCAGCUUAGAGUAAAAUCUUUGUGCAUCUGGAAAACCCUACAGUCAGGAAAAGGACAAAGAGGCAAAAAGGAGCCAGGAAAAAAAUAGUUUGCUUGGUUUUUUUCUUCUCUUUUUCUUUCUUUCUUUUUCUUUCUUUUCUUUUUCUUUUUCUUUUUUCCUUUGCUGAUAUAAGUGUAAAAGUAAUGACAGAUAACUUUGGAAGUUAGCCUCGAAACACUACCACAUGUGUUCUCUCUGUCCUUCCCUGGUGUCGAAGAAGCAGCCGCUCUGGGCUCCGAAAUCACAGAAGUGAUUUGUAUCCACCCCAAGUUGUAUAAAAGUCCUGUUUGUUUUGUUUUUAAAGAAAAAACAACUAUCAAAUGGAAAGGAGAAUUCCUUAGUACAGGUUAGAGUUAGUUGUCUGGUGUCUUGGACUCCUCCCUGGCAGGAACACACCACAACUUGAAGAAAUGAGUCAACCGUGUUUCCUUGUGCCUCCUCCUAGUCAGUGCUGUCUUGUUUGGCGGUAGUUGUUGCUCCUCAACUCUUGCUUAUAUCCUUAAAAAUGAAGGUUUUGUGUUUUAAAUGUACUGCAUUGCAAAGGGUAGGCCUCACUGAAGUCGUGUGCUGUCGACUAACAUAUCUGUAUUUAUUGCGCCUUCCUUACCUGUUUUUCUGUGAAUCUGCAUUGGGUCCCUGUGCCCCACAUUGUUUUAGGUAGAAGCAGCAUUUGUGCGUGUGUCCCCACCCUUGCUCGUGACCAUAAGGUCAGAUCCCACUAGGCUGCAGCCUUGCUCAGCCUGGCCCUUGUUGGUUUUCACCAUGGACAUUCUAUUUCCCCUCCUUCUUAGAAAGGCGGGCAGAAUCCACACGUCCAUCAUUUUGGAAGACCUGUCAAUGAGUUUUGUGUUUUUAUUUUUCAGAUUAAUUGUUUCCUGUGAUUAGUUUCACUGUGUAAACUAGAUAUUAACUGCACUUCUUUAAAAACAAUGUACGUCUCCUGUUACCUCCUUGAAAGAUCAACUUCUCUAGGCCUUUUUCAGUAGGCUUAUGACUUCAGACAAGGAAAAAAAACAGUAAAAACAAAAACAGUACGUGCCUGAAAAAAUGACAAAAAAAAAAUCUCUUUUUUUUGUGACGUUUAAAAAACCUGAAAAGCCUUGACUUCUUUGAUACGCUCGAAUUUUAUGAAAAUUGGUUUUUGCCUCGUGUAUUUGUUCCCGUUCUAAGCGACUUCAUGGCUUCUCUGUUGUCUCUUGUGUAAAGUGUAGAGGAUGGACUUGUGGCGUAAGUGUUUCAUCUGGUCAGUGGUUCCUUUGAUAUUGUACUGCUACUGGAUCUGGAUCUGCCGGAACCUGAGCCUUUGGGUGACUGGGUCCUCUUUGAGGAGACCAUGGAGAAAGGGUAGAGGGGCUUAUCCACGUUUUCUUAAACUGUUUGCAGAAACUUUGAAAAGGCAUUUGGCUAAAGCUCCCGGCAGUACAGUAUUCUUGUAUUCCUUAAUGUUUGUGUUUAGGUACUGGUACCUUUUUGUUUAAAAAUGUUGUAAGUGUUGGCUUUAAAGUGAAUUUAUCUUUAGUAUGAUAGUUAUAUGAAAAUUAUAGGGUUUGUGUGCAGAGAAUUUUUUUAUAAAGUGCUUUGUAAAAAAAUGUAUUCUAGCUUUCGCGGUACAUAUGUGUGAUAACUUUAAUAUCCAUGACAGUUAAGUGCAAUUAUUUCUUCACUCUAAAAAUGCUAUUUUUGUGUCAGUUCCUGCAGGUGUUCUCAUGUCUUUGCAAAGUGACACAUUUUGAUGCCUUCUUGAUAAAGUGGUAGACAUUUUGUAGCUUUCUAGAAACUUUGUAUCCAUACGGUAUCAAUGAAAAAAUAAAGAAAAUGAAAGUGUGGGUCA